UGCCGCCGCCAUGGUGAUGUCCCAGGGCACCUACACGUUCCUCACGUGCUUCGCCGGCUUCUGGCUCAUCUGGGGUCUCAUCGUCCUGCUCUGCUGCUUCUGCAGCUUCCUGCGCCGCCGCCUCAAACGGCGCCAGGAGGAGCGACUGCGCGAGCAGAACCUGCGCGCCCUAGAGCUGGAGCCCCUCGAACUCGAGGGCAGUCUGGCCGGGAGCCCCCCGGGCCUGGCGCCGCCGCAGCCACCACCACACCGUAGCCGCCUGGAGGGGCCGGCUCACGCGCACUCGCAUCCGCACGUGCACGUGCACCCGCUGCUGCACCACGGGCCCGCGCAGCCGCACGCGCACGCGCACCCACACCCGCACCACCACGCGCUCCCGCACCCGCCGCCUACGCACCUGUCGGUGCCGCCACGGCCCUGGAGCUAUCCGCGCCAAGCGGAAUCGGACAUGUCCAAACCACCGUGUUACGAAGAGGCGGUGCUGAUGGCAGAGCCGCCGCCGCCCUACAGCGAGGUGCUCACGGACACGCGCGGCCUCUACCGCAAGAUCGUCACGCCCUUCCUGAGUCGCCGCGACAGCGCGGAGAAGCAGGAGCAGCCGCCUCCCAGCUACAAGCCGCUCUUCCUGGACCGGGGCUACACCUCGGCGCUGCACCUGCCCAGCGCCCCUCGGCCCGCGCCGCCCUGCCCAGCCCUCUGCCUGCAGGCCGACCGUGGCCGCCGGGUCUUCCCCAGCUGGACCGACUCAGAGCUCAGCAGCCGCGAGCCCCUGGAGCACGGAGCUUGGCGUCUGCCGGUCUCCAUCCCCUUGUUCGGGAGGACUACAGCCGUAUAGAGGGGCGCCCGGCGCCCCGGGCCCCACCGGCGGACUCCUGGCCUGACUGCGGGGCUUUUUAAAUGCUUCCCUGGACUGCGGGGAGGGGCGGGGGGAGGGAGGGAUUUCUUAUCCCGUUUGUUACAUUUUGAGGAUAAUAAAGGUGUGUGAUCUGGUUUGGUACAA